CUCGGCCGCGGUGGAGCCGAGCGUUGCUGUGGCGAUAAUCAGCUUGUUGCUCGAUUUUACAUUUAUUGACUUUACAGAUAUUCCUGUUUUCACAUUUAUCGCUUUUGUUCCGAUUUAUCAGAGAAGGAUCGGGAGGACUGCAAUGUCUUCGAAGGAAGACAGGGCUAAGGAGAUUUUGAAGGGCUUUAAGCUUAACUGGAUGAAUCUGCGUGAUGCAGAAACAGGGAAAGUUUUAUGGCAAGGCACAGAAGAUCUCUCGUUACCUGGAGUGGAGCAUGAAGCUCGCGUUCCUAAGAAGAUCCUAAAAUGCAAAGCUGUUUCCCGAGAACUAAACUUUUCCUCAUCUGAACAGAUGGAAAAAUUCAGGCUAGAGCAAAAGGUUUUCUUCAAAGGACAGUGCUUAGAAGAAUGGUUUUUUGAAUUUGGCUUUGUCAUUCCUAAUUCUACAAACACUUGGCAAUCAUUAAUAGAAGCAGCACCAGAAUCACAGAUGAUGCCUGCUAAUGUGUUAACUGGUAAUGUAGUCAUAGAAACAAAAUUCUAUGAUGAUGACCUUCUUGUAAGUACUUCCAAAGUCAGACUGUUCUACGUCUGAAGUGAAUUCUCUACUGUUUGGUACGAAAUGUCUUGCUGAUGGCAGAUAGAUGAGACACUUUUCAGCGUCAUGUGACCAAUGGACCAGCUGUACCUGGAUGGCACCUGGCAAAUUAGACUCUUCAGAAUUGAGUUAGAAGAUUGAAUAUGCAAGACUCUACAAAAGAACGAACUUUUGUGAUGGAAAUAUGGGCAGUAACACUUAAUACUGUACUUUCUUGAGACCAAUAUUGUACAUUAUUUUAAAUGCUAUUUGUUUUGCUUCAAAUCUGUACACACUGCUUACCUUCCUUAAUUUGUACCAUGCAUAGUUACACUUCAAGUUACUUUAGAAUUCUGUCUAUGUUAAUUAUUUAGUUUUUUUAUUGACUACUGUAAUUUGUGACACAUUCUUCAGUUGUAACAAAGUGUAAAAUACUCCUAGUAUGUUACAUAAGGUUAUAAUCCAUAAUUAAGUAAAUGAUAGGACUGAGCAAGAUUGCAGUCUUAAAGAAAUAAAAGCUGUUGCUUCUGUAUUUUAAAGUCAAAUUUAGUUAAUUAAUACUGUACAUAAUUGUGCAGUAUCAUUUUAUAGCAUGUUUUGGCUACAAUUUUUUAAGGUCCAGUAUUAAAUGAGUUAUCCUUAAGUAAGCAUUCUAAGUAAAGAAUCUCGUUUUUAAAAAAAACUAUAGGAUUGUAAACAGCAUAAAUGUUUCUAUGCAAUUGGAGACUCAACGCAAAAUAUGUUCAGUAUGUUAGUGAAAGAUGGAAGAAGUCACUCAUCUGGCAGCACAUUGGUUGACAACAACCACUGCAUCCCGUAAGUAACUGACCCACUUUUUUCCUUUAUUUUCCAUGUGUUUUAGCAUGCAAUAGUAAACUUUAAGUGGGGACACAAAA